CGACAACAUAACCUAAUUGUCAAUGAUUUUAUCAUAGUUGUUUCAUUCCUAAGCAUAUGGUUAUAUUUAUAACAGAAUCAUAUUUCAAUUGCACUGCAGAUUAAAGAAACUGAAUUAGGAUAAACAUUUCUUGGUCUGAACGAAUCAAAUUAUUUUCAAGAUGACUGACAAACUCUCCCCAGAAGCAAAAUAUGAGUUAAUUUCAAGAAAUCUACAGGAAGUGUUGGGUGAGGAGAAAAUAAAAACUAUUUUGAAAGAACGUGAUUUGAAAUUGUAUUGGGGUACUGCGACAACCGGUAAACCUCAUAUUGCUUACUUUGUUCCAAUGUCAAAGAUAGCAGAUUUUCUUCGAGCUGAAGUUGAAGUUACUAUUCUUUUCGCUGAUUUACAUGCUUAUUUGGAUAAUAUGAAAGCACCUUGGAUGCUUCUCAAUCUGCGUGCUCAGUAUUAUGAACAUUGUAUUAAAGCUAUGCUCAGUUCGAUUGGAGUUCCUUUAGAUAAAUUAAAGUUUGUGAAAGGUACAGAUUAUGAACUUUCUAGAGAAUACACUCUUGAUGUUUAUAAACUGUCAUCAAUCGUAACUGAACAUGAUGCUAAAAAGGCAGGCGCCGAAGUUGUCAAACAAGUAGAUAAUGCAUUGCUCAGUGGUCUCUUAUAUCCUGGCCUUCAGGCACUAGAUGAAGAAUAUCUAAAUGCUGACGCCCAGUUUGGUGGAGUAGAUCAGAGAAAAAUUUUUACUUUUGCCGAAAAGUAUUUGCCACAAUUAGGAUAUGAAAAACGAGCACAUCUUAUGAACCCAAUGGUUCCAGGAUUAACAGGAUCAAAAAUGUCUUCUUCCGAGGAAGACAGUAAGAUCGAUCUGUUGGAUUCCCCAUCAGAGGUGAAAAAAAAGUUGAAGAAGGCUUUUUGUGAGCCAGGAAAUAUUGAAAAUAAUGGAAUACUCUCAUUCGCAAAGCAUGUACUGUUUCCUCUAUUCAAGCCCGAUGAAGAAUUUAUCGUACCUAGAAAAUCAGAAUAUGGCGGUGACAUCCAUUUUAUGAGGUAUGAAGAUCUUGAACAGUCUUUUGCAAAAGAAGAAGUGCACCCUGGAGACCUGAAAGUGGCAGUCGAAUCAUAUAUAAACAGGUUACUGGAACCUAUAAGGAAGGAAUUUGAGAAGCCCGAGCUCAAAAAAUUGGUACAGACAGCCUAUCCAGCUCAGAACAAAAAAAAGAAUCCUACAUCCUCAGAUACUGCAGAAGAAAUGGUUCCUAGCAGGUUGGAUAUUCGCAUAGGAAGAAUAGUUGCCGUUACUAAACAUCCCGAAGCUGAUUCUCUGUAUGUUGAAACGAUAGAUUUAGGAGAAGAGAAUCCUAGAACUAUCGUGAGUGGACUCGUUGACUUCGCGUCGAUUGAAGAACUGCAAAACAGAUUGGUUGUUGUUUUAUGUAAUCUGAAACCGGCUAAAAUGAGGGGGAUAUUGUCAGAAGGGAUGGUGCUUUGUGCCUCUGUGGAUGAGCCAAAACAAGUCGAAAUUUUAAUACCUCCUAGUGGAUCAUUUCCUGGACAGCGAGUUUAUAUACAAAAUUACGAAAAUGGAAACCCUGACGAAGUUCUCAACCCUAAGAAAAAAGUAUGGGAAAAACUACAAGUAGAUUUGAAAACUAAUUCGGAUCGUAUUGCACACUGGCAGGGUAAUAAACUGAUUACAAGAGGGGGUGGAUUUAUACAUAGUGAAACUUUGGCUUGUGCACCUAUAAAAUAAGCUUUAUUAAUUUCAAUUUAUGCGGAUACAUUUUGACUAAUAAGUUAUUUAUAAAAUGUAGAAGAUGA